AUGGUGGAUAGAAAUGAUAAUAAAAAAUUAUCACAGAAUCUAGAACAGAAUUAUUACCCUCAACAACCAACUUCAUAUAAUAACAAUAGGGCCAAUGUUCCACCACCACUAUCUGGCGCGAAUGUGGCGCUGGUGCUACCUCCAAUAAACCAAUUGCCGGGACACCAAUUGCCGUCGCAUUUUUCUCCACAUCAUCAACAACCACCAAUAUCUCAACACCAACCAAUUAUAAAUCCAUUCCCAUACCAACCACAACCACCUCUUCAACAACAACAACAGCAGCAUCAGUAUCAGCAACAACAACAACAACAACAACAACAACAACAACAACAACAACAACAACAACAACAACAAUAUCCUCCUCCUGAACUAUCAUCAUAUAACAAUAAUACCAACUCCAAUAAUAUCCAAUAUGUAAGACUGUUUCGAAAUCAUUUAAAUCCUUAUUAUUCCGUCAAUCUAAAAUUUCUUAAAGAUUUAAAUACAAUGACGAAAUUUUGGACAAAUACUGAAAUUCAAAAUCUGAGACGAUUAGUUAAAUUUGAUUUUCGAAAUGAAGGUUCUACACAAAUGAUUAAUUUUGAACCAAUUUCUCAAGAUCAAUAUGAUAAUAUAUCACCAAUUAUUUCUUGUAUUUAUUGGAAAGAAAAAUCUCGAUAUAUUAGUACAUCAGUUGAUAUUAUUACAUUAUUAGAAUUUAUGGUGAAACAAACAUUUGAUGUUGAAGAAAAAAAUCGAAUUAGAAGAAAUUUACAAUCAUUAAAACCAACAACAAUUUCAAGAAUUAAUAAAAAUGAUCGAAGAUUUUUUGAUCUUAUAAUGAGUAUGGAAAAUCCUCGACCAAGAAAUAUUGAAAAAGAUUUAAAAGUAUUUGAUUGGUCUGAUUUAGGUAAAGCAGUACAAAAAGUAAUGUCGAAAUAUUAUAUUGAACCAACUCUGAUUUCAUCAUCAUCAUCAUCAUCAUCAUAUCCAAAUGCAAAUCCAAAUGGAAAUCCAACUUCACAACAAAUGCCAAUAAUUCCAGGUAUUGUUGGUAACUCACAACAACCACCAAAUCAACAACAACAGCAGCAACAGCAGCAGCAGCAGUAUCAGCAACAAUUAUCGGUUCCAACUUCUGGUAUGUCUACAGUUCCUGCUUAUGGUGUUUAUACUGGACGUUCAUCUUCAUUUCCAAUUAAUCAAACUCCAAUUCAUUAUUUGACUUCUCCAAUUGGUAAUAAUGGAUCAUUUCCUAAAUCUCAAAUUGUAUCACCAUCAGUAUAUCAUACAUUUAAUCAACGUCCAGGAACAACAAUUUUACCAACUCAUGAUCGAUAUCAAUUUUUCGAUCAACCAAAAUCUCAACCACAUAUACAACCUUUAUCUAGUGGUAAUAUUAAUGGAUUUACAUCAACUCAAUUCCCAACAACACAGAUUUUUGAAGGUUCUAAUAGACAAACUUUAUCUAAUGAUAGUAAUAAUAAUAAUAAUAAGUAUCAAGAAAAUCAAGCUAUUGGUAUUAGUGGUAAUAAUAACAAUGAUAAUUCUAAUAAAACCAAGCCUAAUUCAAAAGAAACCAACAUAAUCAAGAAUAAUGAUAUUAGUGAAACCAAUGAUAAUAAUGGUGAUACUAAGGACAAUAAUAACAACAACAACAACAACAACAACAACAACAACAACAACAACAAUAACAACAACAACAAUAACAACAACAAUAAUAGUAAACUUUAUUCAAAUGAAUAUCAUUCAAGUAAUUCAUCAUUCCCUCAAUCAAUCAUAUCAUCAGAAUCAACUUCAACUUCAACUUCAACUUCAAGAUCAGAAUUGAAAAACCCACCAUCAUCCAGUUAUUCUGGUGCAUCAUUAUCAUCAUCUUCUGGUAAUAAUUCAAUAUCACCUCCAGCUUCAUUCAAUCCUCGUAAUGAAACUUCAACAGCAUCAGCAUCAUCAUCAGCAUCAUCAUCGUCAUCAUCAGGAAAUAUAAUUACUCCACCAGUAGUAGUAGCACCAGAAUCAGCAAUAACUGAUGAAAAAGAUGAUCAAAAUUCAUUGAAUUCUUCUAAUGGUGAUAAUGAUGGUAAUACUAGUAGUAGUAGUGGAAGUGGUAGUAGUACUAGUAGUAGUAGUGGUGGUGGUGGUGGUAGUGGUGGAAGUGGUGGUAGUAGUAAUGGAAAUAGUCGUCGUGGUAGUGGUGGUAAUUCUAAGAAAAGACGGAAAAGAAAGAAUAAAAAAAAGAAGAAUAAGAAAAAGAAUCUUAAAUUUAAAGAUAAAUCUAAUUCAUAUUUUUCAAAUGUUUCAAAUGAUGUAUCUUCAUCAUAUUCUUCUUCUUCAGGGAAAGAAUUACAAGAUGGAUCAAGUUCUGGAUUUAUUUCUGGCUCAGGUUCAGGUUCGGGUUCGGCCUCUGUAUCUACGCCAGGUUCUGGAUCUGCUUCUGUUUCUGCUGUUGGUUCCGGUUCCGGUUCUGGCUCUGGUUCCGGGUCUGGUUCUGGUUCAGAAAAUUCAAAUGGUGAUGAUAAUAACAGUAGUAGCAGUGGUGGUAGUGAUCGUCAUCGUCGUCGCCGUCGUCGCCGUGGUGGACCAAAAGAUAUUCAACGAGAAGUAUCUAAUUCUAAUUCAAAUUCAAAUUCUAAUUCUAAUAUUAAUUCUGGUUCUGAUUCCAUUUAUUCCAAAGAUAGUUCACUUUCAUUGAAUAAAGAAUCGAAUAAUUCUUCAACUAAUUCAAGUGUUAUUUGGGAUAAAGAAUCAUCAUCAACUAAUGGUGGUACGAAAUCAUCAUCGUCGACAACAACAACAACAACUAAUGGUAAUAAGAAUAAUAAAAAGAAAUCUAAUAAUAAUAAUAAUAAUAAUAAUACCAUUACUACUACUACUAAGAAGAAAAAGAAUACUAAGAAUACUAAGAAUACUAAGAAUACUAAGAAUAAUAAGAAUAGUAGUAUUACUACUCAUCGUCAUCGUCAUGAUAAUGGUCCUGAUCAACAUGGAAUAAAUAAUGGAUCAGAAGAAGGUGGUGAUGAAGAUGAAGAUAUUUCAAUGGAAGAAGGAGGGUAUGAUGAAGAAGAUGAUGAUGAAGAUAAUGAUGAAGAUAAUGAUACUUUGAUGGAAGAAAAAAAUGAUAAAAAUGAUAAAUUGAAAUUAAAUAAUAAACCUAAUGUUAAUGUUCCACAACAACAAUUACAACAACAUGGAAAGAAUAAAGAUAAUGUUAUUAUUAUUAAUAAAGAUUCUCCACCACCUAAAUUACCUCUGAUUUCACAAUUAUUAGGACAAGAUUUCCAAUCAAAUACUAAAUCAUUUACUAAUGGUAUUAAUGAAUCAGAAAAUAAAUUACCACCAAUUAAAAAAAAAAUUGAAAAAUGGAAAGAUCAUUAA